AUGGCGGAUUUUAAUUGGGAGAAUGCGCCGAUGCGGGAGAUGGAGUUCAUGAUCGUGGGAGAGCUCUUCUACUUCGGAGGGAUCUUUGGGCUGAAGUUCUUCCUCGGCCCUCUCCCUCCUGGCGCAAAGCAACAGGACACCCCCACGUUGAAGUUUCUCCUGUCGCUUCACAAUGCCAUUCUCUGCCUCCUCUCCUUGGUGAUGUUCCUUGGUGCAGCGUACGAGCUUGUGAAGCGGAGCAGUUAUGAUGGGAUCGAGUGGAUGUUUUGCGAGAAGAUCGGAACGCAAGCAAAGGGGGGAUUGUUCUACUGGUCUUACAUCUACUACUUGAGCAAAUACCUCGAAUUCUUCGAUACCUUCUUCAAGGUCUUGAAAAGAAAACCUCUUGACUUCCUCCACGUCUACCAUCAUGCUGUCGUCGUGCUCAUGUGCUGGAACUGGUUGGAGUACUCUCAGUCCCUCCAGCCGCCGCCAUGGUGGAAGCGUUAUAUCACCCGAGGGCAGAUUAUCCAAUUUCAGACCAGCUUCAUCCUUGCUCUGCCCUUCUUCGUCCUCGACUAUUACAAGACUCGAGUCCUCAAGGGAGAAGGCUGCGAGGGACGAGGCGCUGUCUACUUCAACGCUGCCUUCAAUUUUUCUCUUCUGCUUCUUUUCAUCAAUUUCAGCCGCAAGACUUACAGGGACAAGGAUGCUCAAACCAAGAAAGAUUGA